UUUCUAUCUCCACGAGGAUUUCUUUUACUUGACGGAAUAAUCCGUUCCCGCGCUCUUCCGUUGCCGUUUCAUCUUCCUGAACGCUUCGCCGGUGUUCAGAACAAAUUUGGCGACUUCUAAGCGGAGGGGCGAGCGAGAGCUUUAUUUCGACGGUCUACGGAGAUUAGCGCACAUUUCUUUUUCUUGUUCUUGAAUCUAACCGCCUCUUUUUUGAAACCUUGGAAAUGUGAUGUCUAAUCUCCUAAGCAGACUAAUCCUCUAGAGAGAAUUUUGCAAACAAGCAGCCCUUUAGUAUGCGUAGUAGUGAUAAUUUGAGACUCCCCCUGAGAUGGCUGCAGCUGUUAAUCAAGUUCAUGGAUUCAAACCGUUAGCCUUCCCUCCGCGAUGCCAUCCUCACCUUGACUGCAAAAUGAUCGAGUUGAGUCAAUCCAAGUUCAACUUCUCUUGCAUCCACAGGAGCUCCUCCACGCCAUGCCUCUCCCACAAUUCCUCCAAUGCAGAGGAUGACUUCUCAGCGAGCCCAAGGAUUGAGAUCAUUGUGGGGCACGCCCUGCCCCAAGUGAAUGCCCUCGUUGUGGAGGUUGCCAUGGCAAUGUCCACUGGUGUUGAACUAGAGAGGGCUCCGAGUGGCCUUGGUGGUGCCUACUUCUUACAUGCUCGGAAUGGUCGCACUAUAGCUGUUGCGAAGCCGGUUGAUGAGGAGCCUCUAGCGAUCAACAAUCCGAAAGGCUUUGGUGGACGGAUGUUAGGGCAACCGGGGAUGAAAAGCUCUAUCAGGAUUGGUGAGACCGGUGCUCGUGAAUCCGCUGCUUAUCUCCUUGACCAUGGUGGUUUCUCCGGUGUCCCUCCAACUGCAUUAGUUAAACUCUCGCAUUUCAACUUCGGUCUACUCAAGUCUGGCUCAGAUUCAGGUUCAAACCCGAGUUACAAGAUUGCAUCCCUCCAGCGCUUCGUCAAUCAUGACUCUGACGCUGGAGAUUUGGGCCCUUCGAGCUUCUCAGUCACCUGUGUUCAUCGCAUUGGCAUUCUAGACAUAAGGCUGAUGAAUCUCGACAGGCACGCCGGGAACCUUCUCGUGAGGCAAGAAAACGAGAGUUACGGCCUAGGAAAAGCUGAGCUCGUCCCCAUAGAUCAUGGCUUCUGCUUGCCUGAGUGCCUUGACAAUCCUUAUUACGAGUGGCAGCACUGGCCUCAGGCUUCCCUGCCUUUCUCGGAGGCUGAAGCUGAUUACAUCUCCAGCCUCGACCCCUUUAAGGACGCCGAGCUGCUAAGGACUCACAUCCCAUCAAUCAGGGAGUCCUCCGUUCGUGUUCUUAUCCUCUGCACGAUAUUCUUGAAACAAGCAGUGGCCUACGGUUUAUGCCUUGUCGACAUAGGUGAGAUGAUGACCCGAGAAUUGCUUGGUGGGAAAGAGCAUUGCAGCUCUUUGGAGAACUUAUGUGUUGCUGCUAAGGCUAGCUUGAACAUGGGACUCAUCGAUGAGGAUCAUCACAUUGCAGAAGCUGAUGAAGUGCUCAUUCCUCGUACUUUCAAGAACCGCCACAAAGCAGGUGGAUUGAUGAGGAGUCUGAGCUCCCCUGCACCAUACAACUCUAACAGCCAAAGCAUUUCCUUUGCGGACAUGGGCAACGAGGAAUGGCAUUCAUUCCUGGAGGCAUUCCAACACCUCCUGCCCGAGGCCUUCGAGGAGAAAACAUCCAUGUGCUUGGCCAAACACAGGUUAAGAACUUCUUGUGCCUUCUAAGAACGUAAAACAAGUAUAAAAAUGAGGUGUAUAAAACCGCGACCCCACCUGUAUGUAGCAUCGGAUAACUGUGUAUAUGGUCUACUAACACCGUAGAUGACAUUGGAUAUAAUGUAGAUAACAAAAUUGGUAGUGUGUGUGAGGGAAAAGGGAUAUGGCAAGAUUGCCAUCCUUUCUAUUAGAGCUUGUGUUUAGCUGUUUGUUUUCUUCCUUGUUUCUAUUGUCUUUGUUGUUCUUGUCUUUAUCGUAUCGAUCGAACAUCAACUGUGUUUAGUAUCGAAGGCUUUUCAUCUUGGACAAAGCCUUUGUAAUAAGUCAGUUAGAUCAGUGUUCAGACAGAGAUUGUUAUUGCUUUAGCUUUUACUCAAGAUUGGUUUGUGGGGGUGUGAUUUGAAUAAAUUUGUUGUGUUUUUAUCCAUA